ACCAGAGGUGUGGACGUCAUUCGUCUCUUGGCGAAAACAAUAUUUACGUUCCUCUGCCACUGAAUUUCCCGAGAAACCAAGGCAAGUGGCAAGAUUCGGAGAAGAACAACUCGGCUUGCAAGCACUGCAGCCUUCUCAGAUCAAACAUGUGCAGUGUCGAGUUUGAAAGGCUGAUGGUUUCUCAGAGCUGAGAGUUGCAGACCAGGACGUGCUUUCACUGUCAUCUGUCACUGUGUAUCGCUGUCAUAUACGAUGGGGUUUCUCCUACAGCUUAGGCUGCUCCUGUGGAAAAAUCUGACAUUGAAAAGACGGAGUCCGGUCAUUAUUAUGCACACCCUCUACCCUCGUCUGGCAUGGUGGGAGUGCUCCAAGCGUUCUGUGAUAAGGGACAGCUAGAUGAAUAUGGAUUCCUGCAUUUCCCCAACGCAACGAUCUACCAGGCACUGUCAUAUCUCGAUAGUGUAGCAACGCACGCCAACUUCUUUGAUCCUGGCUUCACGCCUGAAGAGAUGUGGCAGAUACCGGGGACUUACCGAAGCAUCAUUGAGGAUCCAAUCUUGAUACACGAUCGCCUUCAAAAGGCACAUGGUGUGCGACUUUCAAGCUUGUUCACCGAUCCCGACGUAGUAGAAAACUUCGCCGUAGCCAACCUGUCAUUGGACGCGCGUGCUAUACAUAGAUUAAUGCAGAGAGACGUGGAUGUCAUGCAGGUGUACAAACUGUUGUUUCUAAGAAGAAACUCUGACAUGCACAGUAUUUUCGAGGGACUAACCUCUGGUGGCCACCACCGAUGGAGUCGCAGCAUAGAUACAGAAUCUAGCCAGAGCACACAUGCAGAGAGACGUCAGCCAGCUCUGUUUUACCAGCUGCUGGGAGAUCCAGCAUUUCUGUCCGAGUAUGCCACUGAGCUGGAGCCUUUGCUUGUGCUCCUCCAGCCGACAGGGAACGAGUCGUCCCUGUCCACCAUCACAGACCUAGAACUUGCCAAGAUGAUAAAAACCAUCGUGCUUUCACCAAAAGGUAUUAAACACUUAGCCUGCAAUGCUGAGAUGAUGAGUCCCUCUGACACAGAUCAGCAGGAGAUACAGAGUGGAAUAUGCAAUCAAAGUCAGCUACAAUUGCAGGAGCUUUCACAUAUACUCAUGCAGCAAGUCAGCAACAAGAGAUUGGAAGCCAUAUUACAUCUUAAAGGCUGGGAGCCACAACCCAUGUGGGAUAGAUACAGAGAGCUUUCGCAGCGCAUGAAGGUUUUUAUUAACUUUGACCGUGACUUAAAAGCGAUGAGUGGACUUGCCUCACAUCUGCCUCUGACUGAGUGCUCUGAUCUAGUCGUCAAUGACAGCUUACCGAUAGGCAAUGACACAGACUAUGGCUUGAAUGAUGAGGAAUACGACAUUGAUGAGGAGAGGCUGGAUAAGAAGGAGAGAGAGAAGCAGGGGAGUACACAGAGAAUGCUGCAUCUUUGGGCAGCCAUGCAGAAGACAGUGUGUGGGAAGGAACCUCCCAGCUCUGAUGGCUCUGUCGAUAGUAGCUCCGACAGUGAUGGCAGUGGCACGGCUAAAGGAGAAGCCACCGAUAUCUUCGGUUCAGAUUCGUCAGUAUUUACGCAGAGGCAGAAGGAGUUGCUGGGCAUUCUCAUGCAUGUGUUGUACAGCAACCCCAAGGUCCUUUACGCACCCAACAGUACAGCAGCAGACGACAUCGUGGAGAAGGCAAACAGCACCUUUGUGUU